UCCAAGAUACAUCCGUUCUUAACCUCUGAAACUACUAAGCAACUUAUUCACUCCCUUGUUAUAUCUCGCCUUGACUAUUGUAACUUCCUCCUCAUUGGCUGUCCUCACCGCUGGCUAUCCCCUCUUCGUUCUCGUUCUGUAUCUGCCACCCCUUUCUACCAAUCCCUUCACUGCCCACCACUCAGUGUCUGCCAAUCCCUCCACUGGUCCCCAUUCAGUUUCCUCCCCCCCCUCUGCCAAUCCCUCCACUGGCCUCCACUCAGUGUCCUCCAUCCCUCUCUGCCAAUCCCUCCACUGGCCUCCACUCAGUGUCCUCCAUCCCUCUCUGCCAAUCUCUCCACUGGCCUCCACUCAGUGUCCUCCACCCCUCUCUGCCAAUCCCUCCACUGGCCUCCACUCAGUGUCCUCAACCCCUCUCUGCCAAUCCCUCCACUGGCUUCCCAUUGCCCAACA